AGUUGGCUGUCUCCUCCUCACUCCCUGCCCCUCGUCAGCUGUGUGUACUUUACACACACUUCUGCUCUGACUCUAUUGAGGUUAAUUAGCCCUUGAGGUGGGAGGGAGAGGGAAGAGAAGGGGCCAGGAUAGAAGAGGAGAAUAUGGCACAGGCUGGGAAGAGUCACUGAUGCUGAAUAUUAGUUUUUGCAAUUUUUCCUAAGUCACGGAUUCAAGUUGCAGAAUGUGGAAGCUCCUGUGGUUCAUUCUGGCUCUUGUGCAGAAAGGCCAGAGUGAAGUUAAAGUGCAAGACAGCAAAUUUCAGCUGGAUGCUGCUCAAGCCAAGACUGUGCUUACAAAAGAAGAUGCAAUUGAUGGGAUUAACCAAGGUAUCCUUCAGUACGAAAAGCCCUGGAGGAGCUUCCUCAUUGAAGGAGACAUCAUCAAACCUCUCUGGCGGAAUGCUGUAACGUCCAAAACCCAAACGUGGCAGAAGUCACCGGAUGGUGUGGUGAGGAUUCCGUACGAGAUCUCACUGCAGUACGAUGAGCAGACCCGGGAAGCCAUCAGCCGAGGCUUUAAGGACUUUGAAAAAUUCACCUGCAUCCGAUUUGUUCCUCACACCGACGAGAGGGACUUCAUCUCUAUUCAGCCGAUUCACGGGUGCUCUGCGUCUGUGGGACGGGUUGGUGGGAUGCAGCUCAUCUCGCUGCAGCAGCACUGCCUGAAGAAGGGGAAGGGAGUUGUUGAACACGAGAUCAUGCACUCUUUGGGCUUCUGGCACGAACAUGCGAGGAGUGACCGAGACAAGUACAUCAAGAUCGAGUGGAAGAACGUGUGGCCUGGUUAUGAACAUAAUUUCUUGAAGAAAAACACCAAUAAUUUGAAGUCCAAAUAUGAUUAUGGCUCCAUCCUGCACUAUAGCAGGUCAGCAUUUUCCAAGAAUGGACAGCCAACCUUGACGCCGCUGAUGGAUACAGAUGCUGUGAUUGGCCAACGAAUCCGCUUGAGUGAGUUGGACUUGCUGAAGGUUAACCGGCUCUACAACUGCACGGCACAUCUCAAAGACCAGGCUGACGCAGUGAAACUGUGGAGAGACGUUUCCCUGAUGUCCCAGCAGAAGGAGCAGUGCAAAGUGCACCAGGCAUUUUGGCUUCCGUUUUGAUCAGGGACCGCGAGGAGAUUAGACAGAGGCGUCAGAGUCGUGGCCUGUUAUGGUGAGGGAGGAGAACCAGAGGCAAAAGGAAGGAACGAGGUUUGCUCCUGUGACCCGGAAUGUUCACUCUGAGAGACGGUUGAGAGCAGAACAAACACAAGAAACCAAAGCAGUGGUGGGGUCAUCUGAUGCCUCACUCCUGCUCCGCCAUUCACUGAGAUCAGACUUGAAAAUAAAAGAAACUUUGAUAACUACUUGGAGUAAAUAGAAUGGACAUUCUCGGGUGGCAUUGGAAGAGCCGCUGUCUCCCAGCUUCAGCAACCCAGGUCCAAUCCCAACCUCCAGUGCUGCCUUUGUGGAGUUUGCACGUUCUCCCUGUGACCGUUUGGGUUUCCCCCGGGUGCUCUGGUUUCCUCCCACGUCCCAAAGACGUGCAGGUUGGUGGGUUAAUUGGCUGCUGUAAAUUGUCCCUGGUGUGUAAGGGCGUGUAGAAUCAUAGAGUGAUGCGGCACGGAAACAGGGCCCUUUGGCCACUGUUCCUGCUGAACUCCAACCAGCCGUUUACACUGAUCCUACGUUAGUCCCUUUUCAUUCUCCCCAUGUUCCCAUUAACUCCCCCCAGAUUCUACCCCUCACCCACCUACUAGGGACAACGUACA